AGGGCACUCUCCAGCGAGUCGACUGAGCCUGAGCCUGUGCCUACUCGUUCGAUGAAGUCCCAAUCCCUGGAGGAAUUUGAUGGAACUCCGUUGGAAUGGGCGCUAUCAAGGGCUGAUGAAACCUUGGACGAGAUGGAAAGAAACCCAAACCAGGCAACCCUAGCCUUGUGGCGAGCCAGUCGGAGUCCUGUUGCAGCAGUGACUGCAGCUGGUGUCAGAGGAGCGGCAUCAUUGACACUCACUGCAGGCACCAACGCCCUGAAGGUUGCUGCGCCCGUUGGGCUGUGGGCGGUUCGGGAGGGCUUCAAGGCAGCUAUUGGCUUCCUGUCUGUCCUGGCCUCAGAAAACAAGAAGUCAAAGAGGCGAAAGAGGCAGCAGGCUUUGGAGGGAUCGCAAGAGCAAGGGGAAGCUGCGGAGGUUGACGGGGCGGUGGGCAUGGAUGGCCAGGAGAGCCAGUUUAAGGAUGCACAUCAAGAAGAACAGCUUGGGUUGAUGUAA